AUGUUGACAGAAGAAGGCUUCUUCUAUAUUACCAACAUUGGCCUGUCUCAGGAUGAUAUUGAUCUCCAAUUUGCCAUCGCAAAAGCAUUUUUUGAACUACCCGAAGAAGAAAGACUGAGACACCGUGCUCCCCUGGAAGAGGGCAGUUACAAUGGCUAUCGUCCCUUGGGAGCACUAAGUCUUUUCCCUGGCAUGCAAGAUACGCUGGAAUUCUACAGCAUCUUCAAAUUCAUUCCCCAAAGCGAGCGAUCACACCCAGACCUGAUCAAGCGAUAUUCCGCGGAGAUCGAGAGGUUCUCUCGCUUCAUGCACGAGAAUGUGUCCUUCAAGAUCCUCCGAAUAUUGGCGACUAUGCUCGAGUUACCGGAAGACCAGUUCGUGAACGGUAACCGUUAUGAAGAUGAAUGCGAUAGCUCUAUCCGAUACAUGCUAUACCAUGCUCGAUCUCAAGAAGAAAACAAGGAAUUUGACGAUGUUUAUUUCCGUGGGCACACAGACAAGGGAACCAUGACGUUCCUUUUCCAGCAACCAAUCGCAGCAUUACAAGUGCAGCAGGAGAAAGAUGAGGAUUGGAAAUAUUUAAAGAUCCCCGCUGGCUCAGUCGCUGUCAACAUCGCCGAUACACUUCAGUUCCUCACAAAUGGAUAUCUCAAAAGUGGCUUCCAUCGGGUUAUAGCGCCACCAAAGGACCAGGCGCACCUUGAUCGAUUGGGAUUGUUGUAUUUUGUGCGGCCGACUGAUAAAUUGCUAUGGAAGUCUCUGGAUAGUCCUUUUUUACAGAAAGAAGGGUAUGGUAAAACCACAGCAGAAAAUGAUCAGAAUGUUUCUGGACUGGAUUGGUGGAGAGCUGGGGUCAAGGCUCGCAAGGGGGCAAAUUAUAUCAGUUCUGCAGCCAGCACAACCUAA